AUGGAUCUAGGUUGUGGACGACGGAUACCUGUUGUACCUGAUCGGAUACCUGUUCGGUUGUUCCCUGAUACCUUUUUUGACGAAGGGUUGACCGGUUAUCUGGUUGCUCUUUGCCUUGCCGUCGUCGUCGUCGCUGUUUCAGCACAGUUCGACUUCUUCGGAGGAUACCCAGGCGGGUUCGGAGCUGCCGGUCCAAGAGACCCAAGGGAUAACAGGGGACCAGUUACCUUCCCUGUAACUUCUGGAGGAUCUGAGACCAGUGGAGUUCGUAUCGGAGCUUCUGGAUACGGAUUCAUCCCACCAGGCAGCCGUGGAGGGAGUAAAGUAUGUUUUGCGGUCUCGUGGUUUCUACAUCGAGGGGACCUUGGCUCGAUCUUUGUCCCCGAGAACGACUCAUCGAGUUGUGUCCUUCUAUCGAUAUCACCUCUGAUGGGAAAUGUCGAAGGAAAAGCUCAGCUUAGCCUGCGAAGAAACCAUGAAGAAGGUGUUACAGAAACGGUUAUUCACAAGUUAGGAACAAAAGAACAAGCAAAUGAUGCAUUGCAAAAAGCCAAACGUAUUUUGGACGCAUCCUUAAUGGAUGCCGAGCAUAAAGUGCUGGCCCAUAUGGUUCUGGACCAAACUCCUUCGAAGGUUUGAGAUAUUGGUAAACCUGCAUUCCCUGCCCUCAGGCUCAUCUCUACCACUACCUCUACAAUAUUUAUUAUAAACCAUUCAUUAUUUAUUGUCAAAUAACAAUCAUACAUCACGAAUAAUAUAACCACAAGUAUCAGUUCCAUAUCGCAGGUUACGAGCCGUACAUACUGAUCGGGGAAAUACAUACAGCUAUUAUUGAGCUGACUAGUCAUAUUUAUACCCUGUUAGCCAUGUUAGCCAUUAAUCUCAACAGUAUUUUCCUAAAAUAUUAUCUUUAAUUUAUCUUAUAUUUCAAUUUGUUGAAAUGUAUUUAUAUAUUGUUAAGUCGAUUAAGUUAUAAGAGGAAGUGUUUAAAUAUUCCUGUGAUGUUUUGUUUAUUGCACUUUAAUUAUUUAAGUUGCUCAGUUUAUAAAAGGAAAUAUUAAAAAAAAAAUUAUUUCAUUUUAAUUCCAAAGCAAGUUUUAAGUUUGUAUUCCGUACUUUAAUUAAGUCUAGUUGUCCUUAGAUAGUUAUUGUACUCUCUUCUUAUUUAAUUACUUACUAUUUGUAAUAAGCAAGCAUCAUAUUAUUUAUUGUAUAUUUAUGUUUCAAUUAAUUUGACUGUGAUUGUCAAGUAGUUGUUGUACCUCUUAUGUAUAGAAGUCUACUAUUAGCAGCUAGUCUAUACAAAGUUAAUAAAUAAACUUCUUUCAAAUUUAA